CAAACAUUUCUAUCUUCACAUAGAGGGCACCAUGACAGUUCCUGACCGAUUUCUUUGGCUGAAUCUUUCAGGACGGUUUAGAACGCGUUCUUUGAAAUUCACUGCCACCUACAGGAUCGGAGAAAACAAAUAAUUAACCUGCCACGCUCUGUCAGCUCUUUGUUGUCGACUACUGACUAAGUAAUAUAAUGUUAUAAUGCCAUAGUCUCGGUGAGAAGUACCGUAGUUAUGUAUGCUGACAACCACAUACAAGACAUUGUGGUUAAGCGUAACACUUCGUCUUCAAGAAAAAGAUCAAGAGAUGUUGUGAGAAGUCACAUUACUCCGGCCAAGAAACGGUCCAGUGUCACAUCAGACAUGACCGACAGUAAAGACACAGAUCUGUGUUGCAGUGACAAUGAGGAUUUAUUCGAAGGUUAUGACAGCAUUGUGGGUGACAGCUCUUUUCUGGCUAAACUUGAAGAUGUGGAACUCCAGAUGCGACACCAUCACAAGGACCAGCAGACUCCACAGUCCUAUGAGGAUUACCUCACAGAUUCCAUUUUAGCAGAGGAUCUUAGCAAUUCACCACUAAGGGCUUUGCCAAGCUCUCAGCUUGCCUUUCAACAAGUUGUCUCGACACCAGAAAAAUGCUCUUCCAUGGGCACACAUAACACCUCCACACCUAAUCGCAGAGCAACUGUCAAUCAUGCAGAUGUCAGUGUAAACAAGCCACCCCGAAAGACCAGAAGAAGUAUGAAAGAACAUUUAAAGCAGGUACUUAUUGACAAUGCAGCAACAUCCAGCACAGUCUCCAAAACUGUGCAACAGAAGAGAGCUGUGAUGACAGAGGAGAUCAGCGUUGCCAUGAAGACCAUAGAAUCAAUAUCCGACAAGGGGGACCGGGGUCCUUUCUUUGGUCUCCCAUCCAAAGUUAAAGAUCUAAUCUUGAGAUUAAAGGGAAUUCAGGAUUUGUAUGAAUGGCAGAAGACAUGUUUAAGCUUGGAAUCAGUGCAGCAAAGACGAAAUCUCAUUUAUUCUCUACCAACAAGUGGAGGAAAGACACUAGUGGCUGAGAUUCUUAUAUUAAAGGAGCUCUUGUGUAGAAGAAAGGAUGCACUGCUUAUUUUACCUUACGUAUCUCUGGUUCAAGAAAAGGUGCGGGGGUUGUGUAGCUUUGGAAUAGAGCUGGACUUCUUAGUUGAGGAGUAUGCUGGCAGUAAGGGCAAGUUUCCUCCAGUGAAGAGAAGAAACAAGAACUCUCUAUACAUCACGACCAUUGAGAAGGGACACAGUCUUGUGAACUCAUUAAUAGAGAACAACCGUCUAGACAAUAUCGGUCUGGUCGUUGUAGAUGAGCUCCAUAUGCUCGGUGAUGGAAGCAGAGGAGCGAUUCUUGAAAUGACUUUAUCAAAGAUUCUGUACAUGAGCAAAUCAACACACAUUAUUGGAAUGAGUGCAACCCUUGGCAAUGUGGGAGACCUUCAAACUUUUCUGAGAGCUGAAAACUACACUAAUGAUUUCAGACCUGUUGAAUUGAAAGAGUUUGUGAAAAUUAAAGACAGCAUAUAUGAAGUUGACCCCAGAGAAGAGGAAUGCUUUAGAUUUUCACGGCUGUUGAAUUUUAAGUACUCCAGUGGAUUGCAAAAGAUGGAUCCUGACCACAUUGUAGCUCUAGCUACAGAAGUGAUUCCUCAGCAGUCCUGCCUGAUAUUCUGUGCAACCAAGAAGAACUGUGAGAACCUGGCUGGAAUGAUCUGCAAGUAUUUAAAUAAGCAUUUUAUAACCCACAAGGAGGCAGAGAAAGCCACGCUCCUGGGUGAGCUGAGGAACAGUGGUAACGGAUCCCUAUGUCCCGUCCUGCGGAAGACUGUCCCCUUCGGCCUGGCCUACCACCACAGCGGUCUGACCAGUGAUGAGAGGAAGCUGGUGGAGGAGGCCUAUUCGUCAGGGGUGCUUUGCCUCCUCACCUGCACCUCAACCCUUGCUGCAGGGAUCAACCUCCCCGCACGCAGGGUGAUUUUGCGGUCUCCAUACAUAGCUGCAGACUUUUUAAAAAGAAGUCAAUACAAACAGAUGGUGGGACGAGCCGGAAGAGCAGGUAUUGAUGCCAUGGGUGAGAGUAUCCUCAUCCUGCAGGACAAAGAUACAGCCAUGGCUAAAAAUCUAGUGUCAGCACCAAUGGAGAAGUGUUACAGCAACCUGCUGCAUGAUGGGGGACGGGGCCUCCUCAGCCUUAUUCUGUCUCUCAUUGGACUUAAAAUAGGUACAACGGUGGAACAAGUUAAGGAUUUCAUGAAAGGCACUCUCAUUAAUGUUCAGGAAGCUCAGGUGACUCCAGAGAAGAGUUUAUGGGAUCUUACAGUGGAGUCCAUAGAGACACUGAAGCAGAAGGGUCUUAUUGAAGCCUCUGCUGAUGAACAGGGUGAAGCAACUCUGCAAAUCACCAGGCUUGGGAGAGCAACUUUUAAAGGUUCAGUAGAUCUGAGCUACUGUGAUCUGCUCUAUCGAGACCUAUCUAAAGGGCUGGAGGGUUUACUGCUAAAUAGUUUUCUUCAUUUAGUCUAUCUGGUUACUCCGUAUGACAUGGUGCAUCAAUGCAAGCCAGACUGGAUGAUCUACUUCAGGCAGUUUACAAAUUUGUCAGCUGCUGAACAGAAGAUGGCCACUGCUGUUGGAGUGCCUGAAAGUUUUGUGACCAGAAAAGCAGCAGGACAGAGCGUGAGAAAGACUGUGGACACUGUGGUGGUGAAUAGGUUGUACUUGGCAUUGGUGUUGUACUCUCUACUAAAGGAGACAAACCUGUGGAAUGUGUCUGAGAGAUUCCAGCUAACCAGAGGCUUCGUACAGACUCUCCUGAGCUCUGCUUCUGCAUUUGGCUGCUCCGUGCUGCACUUUACAGAGGAGCUGGAGGAGUUUUGGGCCUACAAGGCUCUUCUUGCCGAGCUGACACGUAGACUGACCUACUGUGUACAAGCUGAGCUCAUUCCAUUGAUGGAAGUGGCUGGAGUCAUGGAGCAUCGUGCUAAGCAACUCUAUAAUGCUGGUUACAAGACAUUGGCACAUCUCGCCAAUUCUGACCCACAGAUUCUGGUUCAAACCAUUGAAAACCUCUUCAAAAGACAAGCCAACCAAAUAAUUGCAUCUGCGAAAAUGUUAAUAAAAGAGAAAGCGGAGGCCUUGCAGGAGGAAGUGGACGAUCUGCUCAUGUUGCCAUCUGAUCUCCCAUCUUUAUAAAUGUCUGUUUUACUGUAUUUAUUUUGUUUAUAUGUAUAUUAUUUAGUUUUAUUGACAUUAUGAAAAAAAUAUUUUUGCCUAUUUGUUUGGCUAAAAUAAAAGUGAAAGUAACCUC